AUGGCCCAAUCAGAUAAUCCUUUGGCUCCCCGAGUAGACGGAUGGGUAGAAAAGACUAUCAAAAAUUUUCAAGCUGGCCAAACCACGUUUUCUGACCGAGAGAUUUUUGAAGUCGACCAAUACUGCUACAAGCUCUCUGAAAAUUUUCAGAUACCUGAGCCUGUGUACCAGGCAUUUGUUAGGGAUAGGGCAUACCCUUAUGCCACCGAUGCUACUAAGCAGUCCCUUCCAGAAGAACUUCUCAAGGAAAGAUCAGACCCGGACGUGGUGAAGAGGCAGUUGAAGACACUGAUUGACGAUGGGGCCUUGGAGAAAUUGAGAAUCGCUGUCAAUGUCAACCAGAAGAAAAUGCACGAGCCUCGAUAUGCCGAUGCCCUCCCAAAGGUUGCUAGUCAGGAUUGGGGAAUGUUGCGCGGUGGUAAUCGAAUGCUGCCAUCAUUCAAAAGCAUCCCCUCUACUGGCGAAUGCAACAAAUUUGGGCAAGCAAAACCUGCGAAGCUUCUUCCUUCCAAACUGAAUCGCACCACGACACUGACCCCAGCCGGCAUCAGGAGAAUUAUGGUCGACGGGUUGACCGAUUUGACGAGAACCCACGACGAGGUCUUCUACGCUGCUGGUGCUCAUAAAGGAUGCCUCAAGCCAGCUUAUAUCUGGACUGCGCUGGAAAAGGACAACAUGGGAAAGAUGUACCUUUCUGAUGCAGUUCUAGAUAAGCAUUGCCCACUCUGGAGAAUCAUUCUCGCCUACGGGGGGAAUCUCAAGGCAUUUGAUGACGGCAGCCCCUCAGUCUACAUCCCGACCAGCCAAAACCCAAGCCCAAUGAUCAAAUCGGAAGAUACAGCCCUAAAAGGCGAAGGGGGUGAAGAGCCCCUAGAGCUGACUGCCCUUGUUCAGAAAAUGUUCCUGGAAUUCAAGGAGAAGGAGGCCAGAGACAAGGACAGGGAAAUGAAAGAGCCCACAUUCUCCACAACCGAAGUGUCUUCUGAGCUGUCCACUAAAGACAGAGAGUCCGCAGAUACCAAUGAAACUUCCGCUGAUCAGAGCUGCGAAGAGGAAAAUAGCGAUGAAGCGACGAACUCAAAUCUCCAAUCGAGAGCUCAUUUCCCAACCAACGAACAAAAUGGAGAUGAUGCAAAUCUUGAUGCAGAUCUCGGUGCAGCUGAAGAGGCCCGAGACACUGGUAUGGACAAUGGCUCGUCUAUCCCUCUUUCAAGUGAUGAACGAGCCGCAAAUACCGCAGAUAGUGGAAAUACUCCUCUUUCUCAGACUCAAGAUGUCGAACUGGUGGAGAACAGUGCACCAGAAGAGAUGACUCCGAAUACUGCCCCGAAUACUGAUCUGGCAGUGAAAACCAGCCCAAACAAGCGGUCUAAUGAAGGCUCGCCUCAGCCUCCGAGAAAAAGGACCUGUGGAUCUGGCAGAGAUAAAAGGGCAAAGAACUCUACCAACGAGCAACAGAGCUGA